CUGUACUUUAGUCUGACGUUGCUGCCUCAGUUCAGGACUCUGCUGCUCACCUGUCAGGAUCAGGAUCCACAUUUCAAACUGCUGUGCUGGAAGUAACUCCGAAUGGCAGAAUCUGGCUCUCUCAUCUAAACACAGUCACCAAUCUUCAUUAAAAAGAUAAAAGAGGGUGAAUGCUGAAUAAAAUGACACAGCCAAUCAGGGAACCUCUGCAGAGGAGGAAGUCACUGGGACCGAUGUCCCCAAAUGCUGCGAAACGACUCUAUCGCAACCUGUCCUUCAGAUUAAAGGGCAGUCCCAGCUCGGAGGAGGGCUGCCUCAUCAAAAAAAUCGAGAGGGAAAGAAGCAAGAAAUCUUCAUGCAUGAACAUUCAGUAUGAUUCAGUCUUUGACGCUGUGGAGCAUGAGGACCUCGAUGCAGUUCAGCGGAUACUUGAACGACCUGGCAUACUUGGCAACCUCAACGAGGCUACGAGCCAUGGCCUGGUGCCUCUAGACAUUGCUGUCCUGACUAAUAACAUCUCAAUGGCAAACCUCUUAAUAAAUGCUGGAGCCAGGGAUAACCAUCAUUUCAACGAGGCCAGCUGGUCCACACAUCUGACGACAAUAGUGAGCAAUGCAGGGCAAAAGAUUUCCGAACUGACAGAACUGAGGAACGAAGAAUCAGAGGCUGAUUUCCACAACAAAACCAGAGCACUUCGCACUUGGAGAUUUCGAUACAAGCUGUAUAAGCAAAUGAAAGCUGCUUUUGACAAUGCGUAUGUUCCUGAUUCUCCAGAGAAUGUGCGUUUGUUGGUAACUGGUAGCACAUCUCUUCAAGUGACAUUUGAAGAACCACGAAAGACAGACAGCUUGAUGAUCACGCGAUACAAAGUGGAAUGGAGUUACUCUGAAAGUUUUGAAACCAGAGCAGGAGUUGCAGUUGUCGAGGAUUGAAGGUUCCUGCAGUUGUCGAUUGAAAGCCUUGUCACGGGUGCUCUCUACUAUGUACGUGUUUCAGCUUACAACAUGAAAGGAUGGGGUCCACCAAAGUCUUCCUCUCCCCCAUGUGCUGCUCCUUCUAGUUGGAAAGAGUGCUCAGAUAUUAAGCUGAGGCACAAGGACCAAAGCCAAGCUGUGCUGCAGCUUCUGGAGAGAGUGAAGGGCCCUUGUCGUCGCAGUUUUGUCGUGGAAGCAUCAAAGGUUCACGCGACUAGUAAAAGACUCAUGGUCUCACGAAGCCUCAAGUACCUCUUCCAAAACACAAGCAAAUUUGUCAAGACACUGCAGAGGGGGGUGUACUUAGCUGCCAUUUUCUUCUACAAAGAGAACAUCCUGGUGACCAGUGAGGACCAGCUCCCCAUCGUUGAGGUUGACAGCUGCUGCUCGGGCUCUGACAUGCAAGAAUUCCUCUGGUUCUCCAAGCUCUCCUGUAUGUGGAAGGACAUCCAGUGGCUGCAGCAGGGAAUGAAUUCCACACUCUCUUCCUCCUCCUCGGUCCUGCAGACCAGGCAGAAGAUGUUAGUAGCAGUGUCGCAGCUCCAGAGCAUGCUGGGGACACAAGACCUGGGCCAGGUGCACUUUGAGCCCAUCAAGGACAAGCUGGGUAAUGUUUUGAUCCUCACGGUCAAGGAGCUGCUGCCGUCGCAAGCACUGGACAGUGUCCGGUGGAUCCCACUGUCCAAGCUUCACAACUAUCGGAAAUCCGUGUCUGCCCUUGACUGUCUCACCGCACUGGACAUACUGCUCAUGACCAUGAAGGACAAGCUAGAGUACCACCAGCGGAGCAGGCGGAGCUUGCCUGCCGGACUCUACCUCGGCUACCUCAAACUCUGCAGCUCUGUGGACCAGAUUAAAGUCCUCGUUCCUUACAGGGUCCCCAACAUUCUCUGUCACACCAAGAUACGGAACAACAGAAAUGUGUCCAGGGAGGAGUGGGAGUGGCUGCAAAAGGUGUCGUCUCUGAAUGACUCCAUCGUCACUGAAGGGAACGCAGGGAGCCCGCAGUGCCAUUUCCUAGCGGAAGUCCGCACGGCUGUGAAGAACCUCCUCGUGCAAGUGGAUGUAUCCCUCAGCCAGGCUGUGGAUUUUCGCUUGUACACGCAGGAAGUUCUGGAGUUUGGAGAUAAGGUCUCCUUCCUCUUAUUGCUUCCUCCAAUAGAUGAUGUAUGCUCAGCCCCAGGUCAGGAUGGACACCCCUCGGGGUUUCUCACCCUGCCUCUUCAGAUCUUCGAACUUGUACACUUCUGCACCUAUGAACAAGAUCUCUUUGCACAAUACUGCCAGACCUCGAUUUUAUUGGAACUUGAUUCUCUGCUGUCUCAACAAGCUUUGAGGGAAGCCAUUGAUAACAUGGAACUGAUUGAAGCAAAGGAGAAACAUGGCCAGGUGACAGACCUUAUUCAGCAAUUGGAUGAUAGUUGGAAGGAAGUCCGUUGGAUCACGGAUGUUCUGCAAUAUGCCCGAUAUCGCCAGCCUCCCACCGGGACCCCUUUAUCCUGGAUCCUGGAGAUCCCAAGCACAGUGGACAGUAGGAGAGCAAAUACAGUCACAAACCUCCAGACCUCCGCUGAUUCCUCUCCGGAUUGUAAAGGCAUGAAGAAGACUCUGGGUUGCAAAGAAAUCCUGGAUGAAGAUGACGUUUUCUUGCCUAUGGAAAGAGACUAUGAUUCCAAGCAGGUCCACACUCCCAAACAGCUGGAUCCAGUGUGGUCCGUAGCCGGAGAGCACCAUCACUGGGGCACAGAGAAUGCGAGAGACACAGACUGUACAAAGCCACAGACGCACUGCGCUCUCCGCAGUGAACAGCACAGACACGGGAAGGCUGACAAAAAGUACUUUCGGACACGGAGUCUGGACCUCAAAGACCAGGCUGUCAAGGAAGACAUCUCUUGCAAGUUCUGGUCACAGCCAACAUCAGUGGAUGAAAACACAGAGCGGUAUGAUCAUGAAGAACCCGACCCUUUCACGACUGAAGCUGUCCAACGCAUGCAUCUACCUGAAUAUAGUUUGGUGGAGUGGAUCAAAGAGUCCCAGGACACCUAAGCAUUCUGUUACCUUAAAACUGAACCAACUGCUCAGAUGUAAAAUAUCCCACCUCUGAUUAGAGUCACACAGUAUCUCUGAGAUAUUUUCAAAUGGAAUCAAGUGGCCAUUGAGUUAGGAACUCGCUUUGUUCUAUGAGGGAAGGACAUACAUGUCUAUGACUACAGGACAUCCCAAAGCAGUUUACAGCUAAUGAGACACUUUUGAGCUAUAGUCACUGUUGUAAUGGAGGCAAUGCCGUGACAGUUUGUGCACAGCAAGAUCACAUGAGACGAUAACAACCAGAGAACAUGAUUGUUGAUUGAAUGAUAAAGGGAAAACUCCCCUUCUCUUCUUCAAAAGUAUCUUCUUCAAAUGCAAUCUUUCAUGUCUAACGUUGUGGAUAGUCAGAACCCCAGUUAACAUUUGAUCUGAAAGGCAGCAGCUGCGAUUCUCCAGCAUUCCCUCAGUGCUGCCUGCCCCCAUACAAUGACUGACAUCCAUAAGAAAAGAAUGGGGCCAUUCAGCCCAUCAUGAACGUACGUGUUGGUUGAAGCAGGGUUUACCCAGGUUAAUCCUCCUCUCUACCCCUUCAACCAUACCAUUGUUGGGCACAACAGUGUCUGGGUAGAUCCUUAAUGUGAUGAGAGUUGUUGCCAUUUUUAUCUUGCUGGCAGUGAGCUCCAGACUCUCAUCACUUGCUCAAUGAUAUAAUAAUCUCAACUGCCCUUCAAACCAUUACCAUUUCUUUAAAAUGUUGAUAUUGACCUUUCACAGAACUGUAAUCUUAGCAAAUUAUGGCACCAAGAACCAUUUGAUCCAUGUGUUAUUAUUCUCACAGCUCUGUCCUGGGUUCAUGACCUUCGAUUAUUGUGUUUCAAGUACGUAUACAAGGAUUUUUCAAAAAUAUGCUGAAGGUUUUGUCACUCUGUCAGUCAUUGGGUUCGGGAACCUGUCACGCAUAAGGUUCAAAGUAAAAUCUCAAUUCCCAAUUAUCCUUUACAUUUCUUAGUUUUUGACUU